CGCGUCUAUAAAUUGAUCGAUUUAAUUUACGAAAACAUCCGCAUAUCGGAAUCUUCUGCUACAUCCAGUAGUAGCAUCGUUCCUUUUAUUCAUUUCAAUUUUAUUCCCAGAAGUGUGCAUAUUUAAUUAGAACACAAGAUGAGCUGUCGACGUCAUGCUCAAUUUGUUGCUCGAACAGUUUUUGUCAAAGACGGCAAUAUAGAAAGAGCAUGUCGAGUAUUGAAUCGUAUAUUAGGGCAGGAGAAGAUUUUUGAGCAAUUUAGACGAACUAGAUUUUUUGAAAAACCCUGUCAGACAAGACGAAGGGUAAAUUAUGAGAAAUGUAGAGCUAUUUAUGAUGAGGAUAUGGACAGAAAAAUUAAAUUUAUCUUGAGAACAAAUAGAGAAGAUCCAUACCCUGGAUGUUCUUAAAUUAAUAUUUCAUUAAAUUCUUAUAAAAAUCUGUAAUUCUGUAUUCAUACUAAUAGUAUGAUAAAGUAUUUGUAUUCUUACCCGUGAUUCUAUAUAAAUGUACAAAGUCAACAAAAUAAAUUUAUAAGACACGA